GCCGUGCACGCGCGUGGUACCCACGGUCGUGAGGAGGAGGAGGAUGUUGCGCGUGAAGGGGAAAUGGCUGCCGAAAACAAGCCGGAAGGACUGAAGAAAGUUCGUAAUCCGGAUCGAAUGUACAGAUCAGCAGUGUGUUAUGCUGGCCACGGUCCACCUAAGAGUAUCAGUGAUGACACAGAGACCAACAAUGAACAUGGACAUUUGAAAAUAUACCUUCCUAAGAAGCUGCUUGAAUGUCUACCAAAAUGCACCUCAUUGCCAAAAGAGAGACAUCGGUGGAACACUAAUGAGGAGAUUGCAGCUUACUUAAUAACCUUUGAAAAGCAUGAAGAAUGGCUAACAACAUCGCCUAAAACAAGGCCGCAGAAUGGGUCGAUGAUAUUGUACAAUAGGAAGAAGGUGAAGUACAGAAAGGAUGGCUACUGCUGGAAGAAGCGGAAAGAUGGGAAGACCACACGGGAGGAUCACAUGAAGUUGAAAGUGCAGGGUGUGGAGUGUCUGUACGGUUGCUAUGUCCACUCCUCCAUCAUCCCCACCUUCCACCGCAGGUGCUACUGGCUCCUCCAGAACCCUGACAUUGUGCUCGUCCACUAUUUGAAUGUUCCAGCCAUUGAGGAUUGUGGGAAACCAUGUGGGCCGAUCCUCUGCUCCAUCAAUACAGACAAGAAAGAAUGGGCCAAAUGGACCAAGGAGGAGCUGAUCGGGCAGCUCAAGCCCAUGUUUCAUGGCAUCAAGUGGACUUGCAGCAAUGGGAACAGCAGCUCUGGCUUCUCAGUGGAGCAGCUAGUGCAGCAGAUACUGGACAGCCACCAGACUAAGCCUCCUCCCCGGACUCACAACUGCCUCUGCACAGGCACCCUGGGUGCGGGAAGCAGCGUGCACCACAAAUGCAACAGCGCCAAACACCGCAUCAUCUCCCCAAAGGUGGACCCCCGUACCGGGGCGUACAGCAGCGCUCACUCUGAGGUCCAGAACAACGACGUGUCCGAGGGCAAAACUGAGCACACUGGCCAUGGUGGGGGGAAGAACUCUGGAGGCGGCGGAGGUGGGACAACACGGGAAAAGCGCAAUGGCAAAGUCCACAAGCCGGUCUUACUGCACCAGAACAGCACAGAGGUGUCAUCCACCAACCAGGUGGAAGUGCCUGACACCACCCAGAACUCCCCGGUGUCCAUCAGCAGCGGCCUCAACAGUGAUCCAGACAUGGCCGACAGUCCCGCGGUGACAGGCAUGAGCCACGUGGCGUCCGUCAUGUCGGGCUUGUCCCAGGGUGUAUUUAUGUCGGAUGUGACCGGGGAUCCAGUCUACAGUAUGUCCCCCACCGGGGGCCCCAACACUCACCUAAUGGGGGCUGAUGCUGCCUCGCAGGGUUUGGUGCUGUCCGUCGCCUCUGAUCGCCACAAAUUUGCUUUCCCCGGGGGAGGAGUCGGGGAGGCUGGAGCUGCCGGCGGCGGAGACAGUCUGGCCAUGCUGUCUUCAGCUGGUGUCUCUGAAGAACUGGUACUAUCCAGCAGCCUGGAUGCUGCGGGCCUCAAGAUCCCGGAGACCAACAUGAACUUUGACCCUGACUGCUUCUUGAAUAACCCCAAACAGGGCCAGACGUAUGGAGGCAGUGCACUGAAGACGGAAGGCAGCACUGCAUCCUCUUGCUCUUCCAGCGCCAGCACCAACGGGAACCUGCAGCGCUCCCCGUCCAUGUCCGACAACAGCUACAACUUCAACUCCAAUCUGGUGAAAAACAUCAAAACUGAAGACACGUCCUUCGAGCAGCAGCUGGCCAAGGAAAGCGGGUACCAGGUGGGAUCGGUGGUGAAUUGUGGCAAUGGGGUGACAAUGUCGUCCGGCGCCAGUUCGGGUCAGGGGAACCUGGGUCUGACUCCGGCAGGCUCCCUGCUUCCCUCUGGUGGAGGUCUGAGCCCCAGUACAACUUUGGAGCAGAUGGAUUUCAGCGCCAUCGAUGCGAAGCAGGAGUACACGGCUGGAGCAGCCACCGUCAACUAUGGCCAGGCCAUGUCCAGUCCGCAUAUGCAGCACCAGAGCCGCUCUCCCAGCUUCUUCCUUCAAGAUGCCUCUCAGUCCAAUCAGCAGGGCAGGAACAACUUGGGUCAGAAAACCCAUCUGAUGGAGCACAACUCCCACGACUCUGGAGCUUACAUGGGCCUGCAGGUGGUGAAGACAGAGUCGCCGGGCAGUAAUGGGCACCUCCACCACCACCACCACCACCAGAACCAGCACAGGAUCAACUGUAAUGGCGCGCCAGCCACCGACGGUCAGCCAGGGUCCCUGCAGCUUCUUCAGUACCAGGGAAACUUUCCUGGACUGGGUGCCGAUCAUGAGGAAGUGGUGGGCCUGGAGCAGUCUGGCAAUGUGAGCUCAGUCCAGGCUGCCGAGGGCACAGCAGACAGUCUGCUGAAGAACGGGGACCACAUUCAGAGCUGUGCCACUGCAAGCGGAGAAGGAGGCGAUCACUAUCUCCAGCAGACUUCUGACGGAGGAGUGGGAGGUUCUGGAGAAGGGGUCGUGCUUCACAAUGGAAACAACAGCAGCGACAGCGGCAACCGCACACAACAGCAACAGCAGCUCCAACCGCUUCUCCAAGGAACUAACAUGGUCCAAGGUCUUUACAACAGUGUGGGUGCUCACCAGGGACUCGGCACCGGGGCCAGUAACGGAGGAGGGGCCGGUUCGGGCAUGGAAAUCAGCUUGGAUCACUUCGACAUUUCUUUUGGAAACCAGUUUUCAGAUCUAAUUAAUGACUUCAUAUCAGUGGAUGGAAGUGGCUCCACCAUGUCCGGAGGUGGAGGUCUGUAUGCCCACCAGCUGGUCACGUCCCACAACUCUGAGAGUCAGGGCAAUGGAGGAGGAGCGCAGCAGGGUCAGGAAGAUGCAGGCAACAGAGGAAGCAGCUACAACCCCUCAGACCUCUGCCUGCAACCGUGCUGUAGCCCCCAGGCGCUGAAUGGAGGAGGAGGAGGAGCAAACUCUGGGGACGCAGGAUCCUUGUCCUACAUGAACGUCGCCGAGGUGGUCUCCGCUGCUGUAGCUCACGGUGCUCUGGGGAUGCUCCAGGCCACUGGACGGCUCUUCAUUGUCACUGACUAUUCACCCGAAUGGUCUUAUCCUGAGGGUGGAGUGAAGGUGCUGAUCACUGGCCCGUGGCAGGAGGCCAGCUCGAACUACAGCUGCCUAUUUGACCAGAUCUCAGUCCCUGCCUCUCUGAUCCAGCCUGGAGUGCUGCGCUGCUACUGCCCCGCUCACGACACCGGCCUGGUGACACUUCAGGUGGCAGUCAGUAACCAGAUCAUCUCCAACUCUGUGGUUUUUGAGUACAAGGCUCGAGCUCUCCCUUCACUGCCUUCAUCUCAGCACGACUGGCUCUCACUGGAUGAUAACCAGUUCAGAAUGUCUAUCCUGGAGCGCUUGGAGCAGAUGGAGAGGAGGAUGGCAGAGAUGGCCAACCACCAGCAGCAGAGCAGCACAGGGAGUGGCGGAGCUGGAGGAGGAACAGGGGGAUCAGGGGGCGGUGGUGGUGGUGGUGCCGUCGGUGGUGGUGGAGGAGGCGGCGCUAACAAUAACCAGUCACAGUGUGUGUCCGGCCAGCUGCAGGCCAGCAGCUCCUUCGAGAGUCGCGUGGUGGUGGUCUGCGAGAAGAUGAUGAGCCGAGCUUGCUGGGCAAAAUCCAAACAUUUAAUCCACUCCAAGACUUUCAGAGGGAUGACACUCCUGCACCUGGCUGCAGGCCAGGGCUACGCCACCCUCAUUCAGACACUUAUCAAGUGGCGAACCAAGCACGCAGAUAGUAUUGAUUUGGAGUUGGAAGUGGACCCUCUUAAUGUGGAUCACUUCUCUUGCACUCCUCUGAUGUGGGCGUGUGCGCUGGGCCACCUGGAGGCAGCUGUGGUUCUCUAUAAAUGGGACCGACGAGCCCUCGCGAUCCCGGAUUCUCUGGGCCGCCUUCCUCUGUCUAUAGCACGCUCCCGGGGUCAUACCAAACUGGCCGAAUGUCUGGAGCAGUUACAGAGAGAGGAGCAGCAGCCCCCGGCCCCUCUUCCGCCCACCACUCGCAUGUCUUUCUCACCAGCACCUGAAAACUCAACGACAGACAGCUGGAUGGUCAGCUGGGCAAAUGACACGGUCGUCGCCCCGGGCAGCAAGAAAGGAGGACCUACCACCACCACCACCACCAUCUCCACCACAACUACGUCCAGCACCACAAACACCAAUCCAGAUUUAAGAAGACCAAGGUCAGAACCGUCCAACUACUACAGUAGUGAGGGCCAGAGAGACCUUCCACUCGCUAAAAAGCAUAAACCAAACCCAGAAAUGUUUCAGACACGGCCCAACAAGGCCAUGUCCGUCCCCUUGAGCUUGGAGCAGCAGCAGCUCCACAAUCUCUCCACCAGUCCCAAGAGCCAGUCCUCAGAGGGUCUCAGUGCUGACAAAAACACGUCUGUCGGAGGCAGCGCCACGACGGCUCGAUGGAGCUCGAGAGAGGGCUUUCCCCCCGGAGGAUUAGGAAGGAAAGGACUUGGUGGCAGUGCGACAAGCAGCCUUGGAAAAGAGAAACUGGUCAACAGGUUACGGCAGCGGGAACAGCUGGGCAUGCUGGUGAUGGCAGACAGAGAAAUGGCAGAUGCAGAACUUCUGUCCUACCGGGAGGAUCUGGAAAACCAGGAUUGUCUCACUCAGAUGGAUGACCUACAGGUCAAUAUGAUGACACUGGCCGAGCACAUCAUUGAAGCAACACCGGAGAGGAUAAAGAGGGAGAACUUCACAGCUGCCGACUCGGUGCCCGCAGACACUUCAGGGGUCAGCAACACCAUGAACUGGCUGGCCAACUACCUGGGAGAUGUGGAGCAGCUGCCGAGCAUCAUACACUUGAGGUCUCUGUAUAAUGUCCCCUUGGCCCCGUCGUCUAAUCCCAACAUCAGCCCUGGUUCCUCUCCCUUGAGAGAGGGACCCCUGGAGAGGCCCGUGCUUCCGUCGCCAGCAGACUGGAGUGAGUUCAUCAACGCCUCCAACAGCAAGGUGGAGCGAGACCUGGCUCAGCUGACUCUGUCAGACCCAGAACAGAGAGAACUGUACGAAGCUGCCCGACUAGUCCAAACUGCCUUCCGCAAGUACAAGGGACGACCACUAAGAGAGCAACAAGAAGUAGCUGCUGCUGUUAUUCAACGGUGUUACAAGAAAUACAAACAGCUCACAUGGAUAGCCUUGAAGUAUGCACUUUAUAAGAAGAUGACGCAGGCCGCCAUCCUUAUCCAGAGUAAAUUCCGCAGCUACAACGAACAGAAGAAGUUUCAGCAGAGCAGGAGGGCCGCUGUACUCAUUCAGCAAUAUUACCGCAGCUACAAGGAGUUUGGCAGGCUAAAGCCGCACCAACGUGGGGCGGCUGCUGCUGCUCUGGUGCAGCACAAAUUGAGAAGUAGUCUGCUCACAAAGCGGCAAGAUCAAGCUGCCAGAAAGAUUAUGAGGUUCCUGCGUCGCUGCCGCCACAGCCCCUUGAUGGACCAUAGACUGUUCAAGCGGGUGAGUGCAGCCUCAGCAACUCAGGUGAAAGAAUUGAAAAGGGACAAGGAACAUGAGACCCCUCAUCAGAGCCCCCUCGCAAUGUGACAUCAUUCUCCUGACUCCUUUUUUUUGUUUUGUGUUUGUACCCGAGACAUUUUACAAGAGAAAUGGAAAGAAAAAUGUCAACGCUGCGGUUAUUACUUCUGCAGUGGAACUUGUUUAAUAACUGAACAACAUGCGACACCAUGUUUCCACACAUCUCCUCCCUCCACUGACUCUGGAUUAAUAUGGUUUGGACCGGGUGGGGGCGCAGAGCUCAUGCUUCUGGCAUUUUUUGCACUUUUUCAUGGAUUCAUUCGUGGUUUUCGGAAACAAAGAGGUCACUGCAAGUCCAGCGAGGUCAGUCGCUCCGCAGGACCUGUGGAGAUGAGGAGAGAAAAGGCUGCUGCUCACGUUCUCAGAGGAAGACCGCGUCGGAACACUCUGGGCUUUCAUAUGCUUUGGUUUUUUUAACUUUUGGAGAAGGAUUUUUUUAAGCCAAAUAUUAUUGGUUACCCACACUGACCACCUCUUUCCACUGAAGUAGAUUUCUAUAAUACUCCGGGUAUAUCAACAACUCCUCUGUCCCACUGUGCUCUUCCCCAUCAUUCUGCCUGCUCGGGUGGAGCUUCACCUGAAUGUAGUUUGGGGUGAAACAUGCAGAAGCUGAAGGAGGAUGAAGACGUUCUUUAAAAAAAAAACGGAAAAAAAACAAACAAACUAUGCUUUAUCAUAUCUAUAUAUAUUGUCACUUUAUUACUUGAAUUUGUUUCAUACUGUCAGAUGUAUAUGUUCCCUCAUGUCUAAUAUACUGGUGAGCUGUAUCUCCAAAUUCUAUGUUGUUAAUCCUGCCAAGAAAGGAAACGCAUGACUUCUUGGCGAGAUGUUGCUUGUGUACUUAUGGUCGAGUCGUCAGCCUCUCUGUUUUACUUUCCACUUCAAGCGGACGCAUCCACUGCUUCCCUCUCCAGGGACGACGUCUCUUUUGUAUUUUCCUUUGUGUGUUUAUCGUUCAGUCACCGGCUCCCGUGAAAGAACUGGUCGUUCUGGUCAUGCAAAAUUGUUAUUGUUCUGUUUCAGUGAACUUCAGAGCCUGCAAGGGCUUUUGAGGGGAAGAUCACAUACAUUGCCUUGACAUCUUAGAGAUUCCUUGACGGGUUCCUAAGCUUGUCCCAAAAUAGGGGUUUGACAAAUCCAUAUUUUUGACAAUUAAGCGAUUUUUCUGUAUAUAAAGAAGGCUGGAGGUACAUAUAAAAACACUUAACCCAUUGGGGAUUGUAUUUUAGAGAUAUAUUAUUUUAUUCAUUAAAAAAUGGGACAAAAUAGGUACGAGACAAAAACAGAAUAUUUGUAUAGUUUUCUUUGAAUGCCUAAAAGUACGGUUGUAUUGUUUGUAUAUAGUGUAAAUAACUGGGAUCCAAAUGAGCUAAGUGCAUGAAAAGUAUAAAGAAAAGGAAAAAUAAAACAAAAUAGUAGUGGCUAUGCUCUGUAAAGCUCAGAAUAUUUCACUAUUAGAGUAUUUUAUUUAAUUUGGAUUGUUCUUGAGAAGAACAUUUUGCUAAAGCAUGAUGUUACUGCAGUUAAAAAAAAAGUCGGAAAAACCAUGUACUUAGAGUUAGGAGAAGUCUGCAAAUGAUCUUAAGAAAACUUUUAUGUUUGACUUGUCGGUAUGUUCUUUUUUGUUUGUUUGUUUGUUUGUUUUGACUUUUGGGCUACCAAUAAUCUUUCGCCAACGGUGCCAUGGUCAGUGAAUGAAACAUAGCUCAGUUUAUUGUUGCUUAACUGAUAAUCAUGCAGUGAGACGAGCGAGAUUGGUCUCUCAAUCCUCCCCGAAAAAUCUGCCAUCGAUCACGAGAUUUCUCAAUAUUUUGAUUUCAAUGCAAAUCGAAUGUGACGCGCUACUGAGGUUUCUGUUUUUAUGAUUGUAUCCAGCAGUGAGGUCUUCAUGUCAUUUGUUCUUUGAUGUUGUUCCUCAGCCAGUAUCGAUGAAUGAACCUGUCGCCGUGUGAAAGUGCUUGUUCAAGGGUGCCAUCCUCUCAUUUGACUGCAAACUGACAACACGUAUUUAACAGUCAAGUGCAGCCAACAGCAGGACACAGGUCGAGAGUCGAAGGGGCGGAUGGCGUCGAGGUGCCUCUUGCUUGCUUUUGAAUUGCAUUUAUGCCCUGUUAAAGUAAUUUUGUGUUCAUUAUUAUUCAGCCAAGAAUUGUGUUUAUUGUUUUUUUAAGUGCCUGUCCACCUGGUCUCACAAUAUUGGUGUCAAAAUUCACAGUGAGUUUGAGGUGUUUCAACUCAAAAUGAGCUGACAGACCCUGAGCUAGUGUCAGUGACCCUCUCAGCUGAAUAGAGACCUGGACUGGCCCUCGCAAAGCUCAGUUGGGGUUUCAACUCUUUGACGCAUUCUUUGCGAAUGCGUUUCAUAGUCAUUUCUGUCCUUAUGUUCCUAAAGAUGCCUUUUCACCUCAUAAAUCUUCACUCUUGUAAGCAUCCAGGAUUAAUAUUGCAGCUAUGGUUUGGCAUCUUGAGGCUCUGAUUUUAGACCUGAAUGACAGAAGAUUAGCUUCACCGUUUGCUCCUCCAGAAGGCUUCCUUCAUGUCAUCUUUCUCCAACCUUCGUUGAAAUUCUCUUUGAGCUCCGUUUAUUUUCAGGGUCCGGUCCUUAACCUUUGGCCAGGGCUCUUUCCAGAUGCGUCUCUCUUUUAAGCACGGCCAUCUAGAGUGCAGAGGAUCUCACGCUCCUCCAGCGAUCAGCCAAGGUCACUUCGUCUGGAUGGUUUCUUCCAUCUUCCGGAGAGCCGCAUUAUCCUUCAGAUAUAAGGUGAUUGGACAUAAUUCACAGCAGAAAUUAGCCAUAUGUGGCGGAAUCAUGUUCUGCCCUUGAAGCGGCCACAUUUCUACUUCAGCGAUAAUGACAGCUAUUGCAGAAGUGUCUGUCCAGAUGAGCGAGCAUCAUGACCUGCCCUCCUUUAUUUCCGUCAAAGCACUCCAGUAGACUUGAUCAGUUUCUCCACUUUCUUCCUUUGAACCCUCAAACGUGGCUGACUGAAACUUCAUUUGCUUUUUUUUUCCCCCCACCGCGGUCUGCUUGGUAGAGCAGAACAGGAAGUGGAGGCAACCAAAGGAGGAUUUCUUACGCUUGCAUGGGUAAAAUAGUUAACUGGGUGACAGAAGUGCACCAAAAAGCAUGUUCCUUUUCCUAGAAUCAGUAGCCAGGCAGGACUCGGAUGAGCCUUUGGAGUGACAGGACGAGGGCAGACGACAUGGCAUGUGACCGGAGGGCAGACGGAGGUCUUAAGACGACGCAAAUGAUUUCCAAAUCCAGCUUAGUUUUUGUAGCCUUUUGUUCAUUCUCCGAUUGAUCCGGCCCAAUUCCACUUCUCUUAAGUGGAUGAGCUCAUCCGUCAAAGAUGUACGAGACACGACUUGAACACUGCCUGAUCGAAAGGGUUGUAGACUUCUUUGGCGCUGACUGCCGUGAUGCCCAUCUCCCCUUAAAAACCACUCAAAAUACGACCUUUAAUAUGCCACUUGUGUUAGGAAGCCAAAUUUUGAGAGAUUGACUCAGACUCAGAGUAUGAACAGUGUGGGCGCACAGAGCCGAUGGGACAACAGUGACAGGUUACAAUAGCAUCCAUGGGCAAAGAGCAAUAAAGAACCGAGGGAAGUCUCAAGAGGUUGGACGCUUGUGCAGCGGACGUCCUCUUAUGCAAAUGCAAGUAUUGCAAGACGAGCAUUCAGUAGUUUAUGGACCGCAAUUUUACGGCACCCUUUACCGAACUGCACGUUUCAUCGAUUCCAAAAACCGAGAAGAAAACAAAGACCCUGCUUUGAUAGAAAGUGGAGGAUCUUUGACACUCUGCAUGUGAACUAGUGUUAGAUCUACUUUCCCUUUCUCACUCUUCCUCUGUCUCACCCUGUUAUGUGACCUGAAAAUCCCCCUCUGCUCCUGGAAAAGUCUCAUCUCUUCCUUGGUUUCCUCCUAUUGUGUUGGCUUCCUUCUCGCCCCCCUCCCCUCUUUUUUGAACCUUUUAUUUUUGUAACUGUGCAUGUACAAGCGUCACUAACUCGAUGGAUAUGUUACAAAAAAUAACGAGAUUUCAGCUGCUGAAGCCAUGCAAAACAUUUUGAAUUGCCCUAAAAAAUGGAAAAUGUUUUUGAAUGCUUUAUAUUCUUUCUGCUGUACAAUAAUAAAAAAAAAAUGAGAAAAUGAUAAAAAACAAAAACACACUCUGGAGGUUUGCGUCUUUUU